AUGACGCCGCCUCGUCAAGACAAGCCCGCAGAGCGCGACCCUGCGGCAGCUGUCGCGGACGGAGAUGAGGAAGAACCUGAAAAGCCUCUUCCCGACGAGGGAGGAAAGGAGCGACGUGCGGAGAAGGAGCUCGCCGCUCUCGGCGACGGAGAUCGUCACGACGGCGAGAGCGGCGCGAUGGAAAUGAACGAUUCGCAACGCGCGGCGCUGAUGAACUCGCUGAAUCGUAAGGACGUGCAGAGCGCGGCUCACGUCGACCCGAAGGCAGUUGCCGAAGUGAAAGAUCUGCUUCUGCUCCCCGCGUCGGUUGCAGAGAAGGCCCUUCGCUCGCAGGGCGGGGACGUCAGCAAGGCCGUGCGACAGUUCUUCUGCGGCGAAGAGCAGGACGGCGAAGGCGUCCUCGGCUGA